UGUAGGUUUUUCUUGUUAUUCCAAGGUAACAAGGUUGGGUUCGAAGUUGGAACGUUUGAGUUGUUGUUGGAAGAUAUUUAGGUACAAAAUAUAAAUGGGAAAUUGGGCAGAAAUUGUGCCAGAUGUUUUGAUUCUGAUUGUGAAUCGAGUAGAUUCGUUUGAAGAUUUUGUUGCUUUUGGUGGUGUAUGCACUUCAUGGCGAUCUGUUGCAGUCAAGCAAAAUUUCAAUACGUCCUCCCCUCAACUUCCCUGGCUCAUGCUCUCUGAAAAAGAAGAAGAAGAAGAAGAAGAAGAAGAAGAAGGCAUUAAUAAUAAUAUGCGUGAAUUUUUCAGUCUAUCGAAAGGCAUGAUUCACAAAGUCCCUCUGCCGGAAGCCAGAGGUAAACGUUGUUUUGAAACACUGGGAUGGUUGGUAACCAUAACAAAAGACGGCGAGAUGGGACUGUUGCAUCCAUUCUCACGCCUUCAAAUUGGGCUUCCCCAUCAAACUACCUUCAAAUAUUUUCACCAGCAUCCGAUGGAUCCUGUGGAUUUCGUAUUCAAGGCAGUUUUAUCUGCAUCCCCUUCUCUUACUCCAACCUACGUACUCAUGGUUAUUCACGGAGCUGCCAAGCACCUCGGUUUUUGGAGACCCGGCGGAGAGAAUUCUUGGACUGUCAUAGAAACCCGUGAUUCCCCGUACGAGGAUGUUAUUUAUUACAAGGGCCAAUUUUAUGCAUUAAAUAAUCAAGGCUCGAUUUUUGUUUGGGACGUUGGGGGUCCUAAUCCAACAGUGGCACGAAAAGUUGGAGGAAUAAAAAGUGAAUUGCUUCGGUGUAUGCAACCCUACAUGGUUGAAUCGGGUGGAGAAUUAUUGGUGGUUGCGCGAUGUGUAAUACAUCCAGGUGACGACACAGACCCAACUUAUGAGACCACUUCCUUUAAAGUGUAUGAGGUUGAUUUGAGCAAGGAGGCGAGAUGGCAAGAGAUUAACAAUUUGGGGGGAAGAGCACUCUUCUUGGGUCACAGUGCUUCCAUCUCUGUUGAUGCCUCUAGGUUUUUCCCAGCAAUCAAGCCCAAUUGUAUAUAUUAUACUGACGAUUACAUGGACAUGUACACAUACCCAGUUGACAACAACCCAGGAGGUGGGAAGGACAUGGGUGUUUACAACUUGGAAGAUGGAAGCAAGGAACCACUCAACUACAAAGGAGAAUCCCUUAGUUAUACUUGUCCUCCAGCUUGGGUCUUGCCUUCUUUCUGAAGUGCUUGUUUCUCUGUUACUCGCUCUUGUGGAGGACGAUCAUGUCCUCUUUUUAAGUUGUUAUUUUCUACAUACACUCAACUUUAGCCAGCCCUUUUUCGAUUAAUUUGUGUUUUUUCUGUUUUGUUUCUAGUCUAGAUUUUGCAAGGGCCCUGGAUUGUAUUGGAUAGUUAUUUAAAUUAUUUGUUAUUAUCAGUGUCUUUAACUUGUUUGCUCGCAAUUCAGUUC